UAUUUUCCGGGCAAUAUCAGAGCGCGGAGCAACAGAACUGAAAGUUUGGUGCGUAGUGCUUUGAAUCGAACGCCGUCGUUCACUUUCUUUUGUGUGGACGACGACCAACAGAUGUGAACAGCGGAGAAAAAAAAAAAAAAAGGACUGAAAGGACGCCAUGGCGAGCAGAUUUACCCUCUUGCCUCGCACGUUGAGGCGAGUUCUACAACGACCGCUCAACUCCGCAUCCCCGGUCGCCAGUACGGUGCGGUUCUCAUGCGUCCUUUCGACCCCGUCGCCUGUGUUGCCGUCACUGCUUCACACAAACGCCGUCGCGUCCAUCUUCUCGUCUCGAAGGUUCUUAAAGAGUGAAACGUCUCAAAAGGCGGCGCAGCAAGACUUCGACGAGAGCGAGUGGACCACCAUCUUCCGCUACCCGCACAUCAGGUUCGUCCAAAUGCUGUGUCGAUUCAAGAUCUACCAGUGCUUCGCCACGUUCGCCGUCACGCCGCCGCUGCUGUUCUCCGAGUACGCGCAAUGGAUGCCGUCGUACGCCAAUUCCGCCCUCCUGUCGCUCAUGGCGUCCGCGACGGUCGUCCUCUUCCUGACGGGCUUCGUCUCCGAGCGCAUCGUCGGCAUGAUGUACGUCAACAAGGACUGCACCAAGCUGCGUGUUGGUCGCCUGAACUUCUGGGGGCGUCGGCAGGACCACGUGUACGACGUCAAGGACGUCGCCCACUUCGCGGACUCCGGCCAAGCCUGGGGGUCGUGGUACGUCGAGCUGCACCGUUUCAGCUCGCCGAACGACCCUCUCAUCGUGUCCCUCAGGCACGGCGGCAUCGUGGACAAGGAACUGUUCAGCAAAGUGUUCGGCCAGGACGUGGCGUAGUUCUUAUUAAAUUGACUUCUAGCGCAGCU